GCGCGCCGUUGCUUUGACAGUGUUAUAUUAACCUCCGGCAGAGUGAAGUCAUACUCUUUCUCUUCAUAAAUUUCUCUUCCACGCUUGAAAGAAAUUUACACGGAACUUUUCGUGUAAUUACCAGCGCGUGAAAGCGUUGCGAAAGUUCGCUAACCAGUGUCUUACAAGCUCGAAGGACAAAUCGGGUAAAGUUAAGAGCGGAAGAGGGAACGAUUGGAUUUUUGAACCGUUUGAAAAUUCCCAGGACACCGGUAACCGAGAUAAAACAAGUAUCUACAUCCACGACAGGCACAAGGGAAUCUUUAUUGAGACAUUCUACGAAUUUUGUGCUACGUGUUGUGCGCGAUAAACCUUAUCGUUGCCCGGCAACUUGAGACCUUUCGUGUUGCCAGAGAGCGAUCGUUUUUCUUUUUUCGAAAAGGGAACCCCUCACUCGGCAAGGGUUGCUUCUGCCUGAAGAACCGGAAGUGGCUCUAAACGAGCGAAGGGUGAACAAUGCCGACACUGCAGAUAGGCUUCCCUUGAAACUCUCCUCGUGUUCUUCAAGAUAAUAAUUUGACCAGUUGAGUCAUGCUUUGUCUUCUUGCGCACCGUCGAAAGAUGUCUUUCAUCUUAUAAAUAAUACCCACUGAAAGAAACUCUCAGACUGAAGAUGGGCAAGCUUUUGAGUCUCCUGGCUCGAGAUGAGUCUACCUGUUGCACGCCUCAAAAGUACGAUGUCUUUUUGGAUUUUGAAAACGCACAACCUUCUGACUUGGAACGGGAGACCUUUGAAGCGGUGCAAAGGGUUCUGAAAAAUUCAGAAUCCAUCUUGGAGGAGAUUCAAUGUUACAAAGGGGCUGGGAAGGAAAUCAGAGAAGCGAUUUCGGCGCCUACGGAAGAGUGCCAACGAAAGGCUUAUCUGACCGUUGCACCUCUUGUCGCGAAGCUGAAAAGAUUUUAUGAAUUUUCAUUGGAACUCGAAAAAGUUGUACCAAAAAUCCUGGGACAAUUGUGUUCAGGGAAUCUUUCUCCGACUCAGCAUCUCGAGACUCAGCAAGCUUUGGUGAAACAAUUGGCGGAAAUAUUAGAAUUUGUCUUAAAGUUUGACGAACACAAGAUGAAGACACCCGCGAUUCAGAAUGAUUUUAGUUAUUAUAGAAGAACCCUGACCAGAGCAUCCCUGGCUCGCCAGGGAAAUGCUGAAAAGGACCUCGUGGUCGGGAAUGAGCUUGCCAACCGAAUGUCCUUGUUUUAUGCCCACGCAACACCCAUGCUUCGAGUUCUGAGUCACGCGACUAUUACUUUUUUGAUGGACAAUGAAGACGUAGCACGUGAAAAUAUCACAGAAACACUUGGUACCAUGGCCAAAGUUUGCUUGCGCAUGUUAGAAAAUCCGAAUCUUCUGGCGCAAUUCCAACGAGAGGAGACUCAACUCUUUGUUCUGAGAGUGAUGGUGGGGUUAGUAAUCCUUUAUGAUCAUGUUCAUCCUCAAGGUGCCUUUGUUAAGGGUUCGAAUGUCGAUGUUAAAGGCUGUGUAAAACUACUAAAGGAACAACCACCCUGCAAAAGCGAAGGUCUACUAAACGCUCUUCGUUACACUACCAAGCAUUUGAACGAGGAGAACACACCGAAAAAUAUCAAGAACUUGCUAGCCGCAUGAUUACCAAAACAGCGCGGCUGCUGUAUCAGAAGUUGAGACAGUUGGCUGUUGAUUUCCUAUUACCAGAGAAAUGAGCGAUACAUCCACGUUGUAGCGCCACGAGGAUGCCAAAGCAGAUAAUUCUCGCGUUUUACCGCGUGAUCCAAGUAACCUUGUUCCUGAUCGUGGCUGGGUGGUGGACCACAGAAGUGUCUUUCGUAUCGACAGAAAUAUAAAAAAGGUAAUUGUUACAAACACUCGCCUGAGGAAUCCAAAGGGCAGUAACUCAAAGUGGCUAAUUUAAAGUAGCAAAAGAAAUUUUCAAAUAUUAUUUGACGUUCCUCGGGUCCUUCUCAAAAUAAAAAUAAAAAUUUUAAACAUUUAUACUUUGCUAUUCGAAAACUGGUCAUUUUGGAGUUAUUGUCUUUCGUAUCGAAUCUAUGAUAGCUGUUCGAAAACUGCCGACUUUUCAACAAACCUUCGACGAAACCAAAAAGUAGAAAGCCGAACGAGACGAUAUUUCUGUGAUUGUAAGGCAAAAUAACAUAAGUCAGAUUUUUCACUUUCAGCUUAUCCUUUAAUUAAGAUUCAGAAGGCAGUAUUUGUAUUUUCUGAAAAUUGUUUUUCUUCGAAAGAGGAAUACCUACGUCUAAAAUAUGUCCGACGAAGAAGGUAAUAAAAAUCCAGAUAACAUAUAUAUUUAUAUUACAAUGAAAGUUUCAAACAUUAAAUCGCAAUACCAUAGAAAUGAAAACAUGUAACUUGUACUGUUCUGUCCUACAAUCAACAGAUUUAUCAUCAGAGGAAUUGCUGAAUUUGCUCGUACGCGAUACCUUUAUUGCCGUUACGAAAACGAGCAUUUAAACAUUAUUAUUACGGUAUUACUACUCACACCACUUUCAUUAUUAAUCAUUGCUAUGAUUGCAAUUUUUCACGUUCAUUCGAGUUAUUAUUAUCACUCAAGUAUUAUUAUCCUGGCUAACGUCACCGCGCAUUAUCACUGUAUUGUCUUCCCGGACUAAAGAGGGGAGUUAAUUACAGCAUAUCAGAAACGUAUUUAGGAUAAUUUUUAUUGUGAACGAUCGAGAGUGUCACGAGGAGAAAUUUAAUAACGUUGUAAGGUACAGUGCAAAUCUUUAGCUAUUGUUUUUCUUUGUUGAAUGAAGUGAAUUGGUUACUAACAAUCGAAUGGAUAUUGAUAAGAACACCAAGUACUAUUUUAUCUUUACUUCGUUUUGUUAAUGUAAAUGAAUUUUAUAUCUGUUUUAUUGUUUCGUCGUGAAUAUAAUUGAGCUCUUCCAUAAAAUGAAUUAACCCUUGAAACAUAGAUUUUGGGUUAUAGCCAUUUUGAUCUAUAAUUAAAAGAUCAUUAUAUCAAUUAUAUAAAUAAAGUGUUCGACCGAGGGUGGGUAUUUUUUGAGGGAGUGGUAGCUAGGAUGAACAAGUUUCUUCUUUAGCAAAACACACAUUAAGUCUUACUUUUUCUAUUAUUAAUAAUAAGACCGAAAAAUUAUUAGAAUAAUUAUUUGACAAACUUAUAUUUUGAGAAGACCGCCUAGAAUUAAGUAUUUUUAAAGUUCGAUCGCUGCGCCAUCUAUACCAAAGCGGCGGAAACUACUCAACAAAUUACCGACUUAUCGACUGAACUUCCGACAGUCGGUUAUCGACCGUUCGGCAGUCGGUAAGUUAACGAAUAGUUUGCGCCGCUAUUAUGUAGAUGGCGCAAUGGCCGAUGGUUAGGGGUGUCAGGAACCCCGGUGACUCUGCACAGCGACAAAAGAUCGUCUUGGGGUGUCGGGGACCCCAGAGCUAACGAAAAAAGUCGCAGCUACCACCCCCUCAAAGAAUACUCACCUGUAGCCGAGCAUCUUAUAUGCAGGUUUUAUUUAAUAUUAUAUUUUUGCAUUAGCUUUACAAACUUUCUAUGUUCUGUAUAUUUUAGUUUUGUCUUAACAGAAAACUGCUUCUUCUUGAAAAGGAUAAAUAUCCUUUCAAUACCUUCGACGAAUAUUUUGUUUGUAUUAUCAGUAAGAAAAAUGAUCACGCUAUGCAGUAUAAUUUUAUAGAAUGAUUUGUUUAAUAUAAAAUUCGAAUUUAUGUCGAACAGUUUCUUUUUAAUCGCACAUUUAAGAAAUCUGAAUGUAUUAUCAAUGUAGUUUUUCUUGCAUCAAGAAUUUUCCUGUUUUUCGUUGAAUAUUAUACAAUUUCAUUAUUCAAUAAUUUACCAAUAAUUUGAACAUUUAUUUCAUUUAUUUUUCAUGACAAUUUCAUGCAAUCAUGAGCUUCGAAUGCUUCGAGAAUGCUUCGAGAGAAUAAAACUCAUUAUUAGAGUUGCUUGUAAUUAAAAUACGACUCUUUUUACAUGUUUUUAAAAAAAAGUAAUCAUUGUUAUCACCAAUACUGCCCAAGAUAAAAUAUAUCGAAGUAAUAAAAUUUGUACAAAUAUUUGUUAUUUCAUGUUCUACCUUGAAUUUUGUAUUUGGAAAAAUGAAAAAAGAGAAGAUAAAAAGAACAAAACAGCUUUUACAAGAGAAGCAAUUAUUCACUAGCUGUAGUUUCGAACCUUUUUCAGUGAUAUUUAUUAUAAUUUUAUACAAUGUUGUUUUUUAUAUAAAGUUAAUUAUAGAUGAAUAUCCUUGUUUGUACUAUAUUAUUACAUAUAUAUAAUUAAAAAUCAAUUGUACGAGCCAGAUUCAUGGUAACGAUUUUUCAUCAAAUCAUUUCUAAUAUUUUAUUCACUUCUGUAUAAAAAUUGCAUUUUAGAGUUAAAGCAUUUAAUUAAUAAGACAUUGAUUUUUAAAUUAAUCGUCUUCCGUUCUGCGUGUAUUUCAACAAAUAAUUAUAACGUGUGUAUUUUUCCUCUUUGUGCGUAAAUUUUUCGUAAUCAUACUUAUGAAUAGAAGUAAUAAAUAUUCUUUCAGUGUUGAAGAUAAAAAUUAAAUAGCACUGUCCUUUCCCAGGCAAAUCAAAAUUUGCAUGUCACAGCAAUAAAAAAGGAAGCUCAAUUUUAAAUUGAAUUAUUUUAUGUAACAAUGGUUAUACACUGGGUGUAGAAAAAUUGAAAAAAUCACAACUGGUACUACAUUAUCAAUUUUUAUAGCAAAUAUUUCCACUUAUACAUGAUUCAUCAUUUCCUUCGGACAAUCCUGUUAAGAACGAUUAAUUAUUCCAUUAAUAACAGGGAAAGGAAAAAUGUUGCACUCGACUAACAGAUUCUAAUGUUUAUUGUAAAUAAGAAAAAUGUUACUGGCAUAGUUUACGAAAAUAUAACUAAUUUUCACAAUCGCGUUAACAAUCAGAAGUAAAAGUUAGUUAGGAUUUUUGGUUUCUAACAUUUUUAACAAUGAAAUAAUUCGUACAAAAUAAGAACAACGGAGAUGCGCAAAUAUAUCGCAAACGAACUAUAGUGUGAUGUGUCUAAAUAUCUUGAAGAAUACAAUUUUCAACGUAUAAAACGAGGUAAAUUUUGUGUAUUUGUAAGAGUACCUGUGUGUGACUGAAAAAUACGAAUACAUAUACGAAACAUAUUUUACGUACAAAGUGCAUUACAAUAUAUUUCAUUGUCGUUGAAUUUCCGUGAAUAUUAUUUUAAUCACUAUUGUUUGUCUUACCAGAAAAUAAUGAUUAGAUCUUCCUUAAAUUAUACGUGUCUUUUUAUAUAAAUCUACUUUACAACGUAAUAAGAAUCAAUAUUAUUUAUACUCGAUUAACAGAUAUGUUGUGUAUAAAAGAGUUUCUGUUUACGAACAUAUUUAUAUUUAAAUAACACUUAUAACCAAUAUUUUAAGAGUAUUGGACUAUAGCAUCUAUUUACAAAUAUUGUUACUUGGAGAUGAAAUUGUAGAAAACCAGAAGUUAAUAAAACACAUUAUAUAAAUA